AUGAAUGUAAAAAAUUAUAUAUUACGUAAACUGGUUGGUGACUCUUCAAAUACAUUGACAGUUGAAUAGGUUUAGAGAAUUCUAGAAUCACAAAAGGAUGAUGAUAGGAUAUUUAGGUAAAAUGACAUAUGCGAAAUAGAGCAAUUAUUAAUUCAUCAUUGUCCAAUUAAAAACUACAGACAGGCAAUUCUGAAUUCCAUAUCAAUUCUUCAACGGAUUUUGGUACUCUAUUGUUGAACUAAUUAUAAUCCAGUUUAGUAAAUAUACUAAUCCAUAUCAUCAUUUUAGUAAUCCAUAAAAUCAAAGAAUUAACUUUUAUCCAUCGACUAGUUUCCUAUAGACAUCAAUUAAUUCAAUAUUGACAUUUCACAAACUGAUCUAAUAAAAUAAUAACUUUAAUACAUUUAUCGAUUAUUUAAAGCUACUAUUCGACAAAAUGGUGAUGGUUUAAAAGAAACAUAAAAUUACCUUGCCAAUUUAAAUUAAGCAGAGUAAAUUAUUGAAUCUUAAUAUGCAUAAUAAUGUAUCCUGAAAGCACCACAAUACAUCGAAGGAAUAGAUUAAAUUAAUUUAUGGUGUGAAAAAAGCAGUACCUUGUAUUAGACUGUAAUCUCAACUAGAUAGUUAUUGCAAUAGAGUAAGCUCACAUCUUUAAAAAAAUAAUUGUAAAUUGUCGAAAAGUACAAAUCCAUUCAAAGGAUAAAAUAUACUUUGGAAAAGUUAAUGAUCCUAAAAUAGACAUUUGGUUAAUUAGCUUAGGCUAUGAACAAAUAUGAUGAUAAUGCAUAUGAAAUCAUACCAAUUAUGAAGGAAACGCAAAAUAAUAUUAAUAAAUAUAAAUUGAAUGAGUUAAAGUUAUCAUGCAUUAGUGAUAACUUUUUUGAAAAUAAAAUAGAAUCCUUAAAAGAAAGAAUAAAGUCAGGCAUCUUAGCAAACUUUAUGAAGUUUGAUGAAAAAAAAUACUAUUCCCUUUUGAAAAGCUAUUAUUUCAUUGAAAAACAUUAUUAAAUGUAAUCUUAUGUAACUCAAAUCUGGGGUUUGGCUAAGAAGAGUAUCAGCGUAACCUUUAAAAAUGCUAUUAAAUUAUUUGAAUAAUCUUAUAUUCCACAUAAGAUCUAUCAAAAUUGCUAAGAUGAGGACUUACUAUAAUUCUAUAAAUUACUGUAUAGUGAAUUGGUAGAACAAAUGUUAAAUUUCCAUUAUUGCAAUAGGUUUCAUCAAGAAAAUGAUUUUAAAAUCGAAGAAGAGGAUGGCAACUCUUAAUUUGAAGAGUAUACUGAAUAAAUUAGACAAUCAUACUUAGAAAUGAGAUAGUUAAUUUGGUCAUAAAUUCAAAAGAAAAUUAUUAAAAUCAUAAAUGCACAUUAGAUCAAUAUAAAAUCAUUAGUUCUUGAACAGUUAAUCUACUUCUUAGGUUAUAAUUGCUUAUUGAUAAAAAGGGCUGAAGAUUUUAGUCAUUCUGAUUCACAAAAGUAUGAAUAUCAUUAUUAAUUAGAUUAACUAAAUGUAUCAUUGACGUCUAUAUGAGUUUUGUUUAGUAGUUUCAUAAAACAAACCUUAAAUCUAUAAGCACAUAUUUACAAAAUGAAUUGUACUAGAGAUUGCCCUUGACAAAGGAUUCUAAGUUAAUUCAAUAAUUAGAAUAACUCACAAAUUUGAAUCAAGUCAAUACAAAGUUAUUUGAAUACUUAAUUGAAAAAAGGGAAGAAAACUAUCAUUAAGAAACAAAGAAAACAAUUGACUUCCAAGAUUUGAUUAAUAAUGAUAAAGAGAUGCAAUUAUUUUAUUUGUUUGAAUACCAAAAUCCUUUUGUUUUAUAAUAGGAGGAAUUUGAUCUCAUUAUUAAGGCGAUUUGGAUAAAAAGAUAUGCUACUUAAUCCACAGGUGUUUUGAAUUAAAUUGAAUCAGUUUUAUCAUCUUCAAGUAUUAGAAUUUUGGAAUUGCUUCCAUAAUAUGCUCUGCUAUCCUUUUAUCAUCCAUCAUGUCAACAGCAAAUAAUCGCUAGUUUUCUUUAACUGCUAGAACUCUAUUUGUUUGUUUCAUAUAAUCAAUUAGUAGGGAUGACAUAAUAGAAAUAAUUACUAGAGAAUUUUUCAUAAAUAAUAAAGUUUGAUGAAAGUAAAGAAAUCGAAUUCUUUGUCCAAACUUAUGAUUCAUUUAGUGACUGUUUAGUUCUUCAAGAACGAUUUUGUUAUUUCAAAAGAUUCGUAUAGAAGUUUUGCAAGGAAGGAAUAGACUUCAAAGAUAUUGAUAUAUUUUCAUCCAAAGAGAAGAGAUAAUUUGUUGACAUUGCAGAAAGAGCUAUAGCUUCAGAAUCCUUAGCGUAUUUACUUGCUUAAACCAAAUCUGUGUUUUCUCUAAUUGGAAUAACAUCAUAAAAUUUUGAUAUUUUUAAAGAAGUCUAUAAUUAAUAUAAGGAGUUCAUUUAUAGGAAUUUUGUGCAAACGUAUAUUAAGAUUGAUGGAAUAGUACAGUAUGUACCAUAAUAAAGGUGGGAUCUUAAGGAUCUACACAAUGAAAAUAAUAACAUAUAUUUGGACAGGCUGAUAUAAUUUAUUGUUGAUUAACGAGAAAGAUUAAAAAGCAUAGGAGGCGGUGUUAUACCACCAAAUGCUCAAAAGGAUAUUUUUUCAUUCUUAGCAGAGCAUUGCUUAAAUGUAUUAUUGGAGACGUAUGGGAAGAUUAAGAAGGUAACAUUUUAUGAUUAAUAAAAGUUAAAUUCAAUUGGAAGGGAUUAAAUGGUGUUUGAAUAUACGACUUGCUGUUAAUCAAUAGAAUCAAGUUAAAAGAAUAGUAAAGAAGUUGUGCUUAACCCUAAGAUUACUUUAAUGCAAUUAGAAUAUUUGAAGGUUUUCAAUUCCUAAUAAUAUGAGGAGAUUGAUCAGUACAUUCAAAAAUCGAAAGUAGAUAUAUCAUUUAAGAUUAUUAUUAGACUUUGAUCCCUUUAAGAUUGCUGUAUAAUUUGAUGAGUUCAAGUCCAAGUUAUAACAAAUUAUCAAAAUAAUAGAGGAAGGACAUAUCAGUCAAAUUCUUUAAAGAUUAUUAUGAUACAUUUAAAUUAUUUUGAAAAUAUUUAUAAACCAG